AUGUGCGUAGCACGCGACGACUCCAAAGUGGCUCCGGGGUCCUCUUCGCCAAUUUUCGCCAAUUCCACCUUCGCGACAGCUUCCGACCCGGAACGGCGGACAUUCAGCGCGGCUUCGGUCGUGAACGCGGAAUCGGCGCAGUCUCUCGCACCGACACUCUCCGCCGGAUGGUCGCGGCUGACGCACGCGCUCAGCGCCAGUCGCGCGCCGAGCAGCACUCGCACAGGCGGCGCCGCUGAAACGCCGUCAACCUGCGGCACUGCCGGAUCGCCGCGGCGGGAGCCUUCGAAGGACGCGGAGCCGGCGCUUCUUCUGCUUCCUGACGGCUCCGUCCAAAUCGUGUGCUCUUCGCAGCCCUCCGCACACAGCCAGACUCGCACUCUCACUCCGAAAAAAAACACCAAUGGCUCCCGAGACUCGUCCCGCGUCGCGGCUUCGAUGGACAGCAAUUCAAUUCCCGGCAAUUUGGCUCCCAGCAAGUCAAUGGAGUCAAUUCCCCGCGGCAGUGAUGCUCGGAGGGCCACGCGCGUGAGCGACGUGCUUCAGGAUCACCCGGGCUGUCAGGUAGGCUCGCUGACGUCAUCGCACGGCUUCCUGCGCCCGCAGCACGUGUUAAAGCCCGGCCACGUGUACUUCCUCCAGCCGCCCCUGGCGCUCCCGGCCCCCGAUGAUCAUGGAACCUCUGUUUCCGGUAAUGGUGACGCUGACUUCGGCGGCGGCGGUGGCUCUACAACGCUGCUUGUCCAGAACGUGGAUGCUUGUAACGAGGAUGAUUUUAAUCACGGGCGUCGUCUCCUGGAGGACGUGGUUGGAAGCUUCUCCGGGAGCUCGGGCAGAAGGUCCGAAUCUGACGUGGCGAGGAGCAGCGGGAAUUCUGCUGAAACUGAGAUAAUUUCAGUGUCUGCACGCUCAUUUGAUUCAUUCUCAACGCUCUCCGCGGGCACUGCGGGCACAUCAAGCGUGCAAGACGCACUCUUGCUGGCCCCGUUUCCCUCUUCAUCCCUCUACCGCACCCCAUGCGCCUGCUGCAACGACGGUCUGCGCUCCGCCUCCACUUCACACUCCGCCGCUCACUCCCUCACCCACGCUCACUCCCUCCCACACUCUGUAUCUUCGGCCAUGCGUGCUCCAUCCCCAUCAGCACUUUCCCCCAUGGCCCCAACAUCCCCAUUCGCUGAAUCACCCCGCCGCCCUUCGCGCUCAACCAGAGGCCACAGCCGCCUAGGACAAAAGAAUGCCACCACUGUCCCAGAAAAUCCCGGACAUCCCGCCUCUGCCACCGCUGCUGCUACCCACACAUUCACGUCUGCUGCCGCCCAGGAGAGCUGCUCUUCUCACCUGAUGCACCGAGGCUGGUGCGCGGCAAGUCGCGGCGCGAACCUGGAGCUCUGGACUGGCAUGUCUGGCACGUCUGGCAAGAGCUGGUUCAACUGCAACAGCAACACGGGUGCUGCGGCUGCUAUGGAGAAUCACCAGGCCGUUUUUGAAGCUCUGGAAUCACCCAGCAGCACUCCGGCCAGGAAAUUCGGCGGCGGCAGCGGCAGCGGUAACAGCAGCACCAGCAGCAGCAGCAGCAGCAUCAGCAGCAUUGACAACACCAGUAACCAGCAGAUGAGACGUGUACCAUUCUGCGUGCGAGGGAGGGCGGUGGUCACUGCAGAGGACAUGGUGUUCGGCCGUGUCGGACCCACCGUGGCCUAA